AUGCAUUCUCUUAACAUUUUUUGCAAGGCAUCUGGCAUGAAAGUGAAUCUUGAAAAGUCUAAAGCUUUUUGUUCUAAAAAUGUGACUGCUCGUAGAAGAGAGAUUUUUACUAGUGUUUCUUCAAUACGUUUUGCUUUGGACUUAGGAAGAUAUCUUGGAGUUAACCUUAAUCAUUCCCGUACCAGUAGGGCUUCUUUUCAUUCGGUGAUUGAAAAGGUGAGGGGAAGAUUAGCUAAUUGGAAAGGAAGGCUUCUAAAUAAAGCAGGGAGACUUUGCUUGAUCAAUUCUGUUGCAGCAUCCAUUCCUGUCUAUCAUAUGCAGGUAUCUUUUUUUCCAAAUUGGGUUUGCGAUAAAUUAUCUUCUAUGAUGAGACAGUUCCUUUGGAAGGGUCAAGUUGAUGGUAGAGGGCUUUCUCUUGUUAAUUGGAGGACCGUGAUCACUCCAAAAAAAUUUGGUGGCCUGGGUGUUAGAGAUCCUGCGUGUGUUAAUAUAUCUUUACUUGGUAAAUUGGUGUGGCAACUUUUUCAUUGUCAGGACAAGCCUUGGGUUGCUCUAUUGAGGGCGAAGUAUCUGAGGAAUGAGGGAGUUUUAGAUGGCCCUGUCCCUUGCAAUGCUUCUCAUGUUUGGAAGAGUAUCUCAAAGGCUUUUGGUGCUCUUAAGGAUGCCUUCUCUUGGUGCGUUGGGUCACUUGAUCAAUCUUUUUGGUUUGACAAUUGGAGGAUUGAGGGCCCAAUUGCUCAAGAUGUCCCUUUUGUACAUAUAUCUGACUCUGAUUUAACUAUUAGAGACGUUUGGAAAGAUGGUCAAUGGAAUCUCCAUGAGGUGACACUGUGA